AAAGCCUUUUUUUUUUUUUCCUCUCUUUCUUUUCUGCCCUUGAGCAUCCCGGGUAAACCCGAGCUUGUAAAGUAGGAAGAGGAGGAGGAGAGGGGGGAAGAAGGGCGGGCACAAGCCUUUCCUCAAAGUCAAUAUUUUAUACUUUUGAUACUCCUUGACGCUGGAUUUCAGUCCUCUUUCCCCAGCCGUUUCUAGAUCUAGGACACCAAUCUACCGUGCGCAGAGAUCCACGGUGUGAUAAAAAAAAUAAAAAAAAUAAAAAAAAGUAUCCGGCAAAAACAAACAGCGAGCCGGGCAGGCAGAUAACGGGAGUACAGUGAGGACCGCGGCGGGGACCGAGUACAGUGGAUGGUCGGGGGGAUCUUUUUCUUUUUGCCUAAAGAGGGAGACGUGCACGUACUCCGACGCCACACAAAGUGCUGACCUGUCUCACGGAUGCAUUUUUAGAAGACAAUCAGAGGAGCUCGGCCAGUGCAAAACGUCCAAUGGAUAUACCUGAAGACGCAACAGCUUCUCCAUCAUCCUCCCCGACCAGCUCCACUGUUUCCCCGCAGGACACCGCUCUCUGAGACAUGAAUCCGCGUUAAUAUCUCCCACCCAACUCACAGCAACACUAUGGUUAAAGUGUAUGCCGAGAUUAAUCUCUGUCACAUUAUCCGCCUCUCCACCCACCGCCCAUCUUCCUCAGGAAGUCAGCCGUCAAAACACGAAAGCGUCCCUCUCUCGGCUCUCUGGGGGCCGUCAAUAUUUGUGAAGAGACACUGAGCGAAAGUAGCCGAUACAGUGUUCUCCUGUCAUUCAGAAGCCUGGAGGCGAGUUGUGUCAAUUUACCGGCACCUCUCCAUUCACAGUACAGCAGUACGGUGGUAGGGAUGUCCACUAUUUCCUUAUGAUCACCGCUCCAUGCGCUUCACCUCUCCUCUGAGCUACGUGCCCCCUCACCCUGCGCCGGACCCCGCUCCAAACACCCCCCAGCCUGCCAUGCUCCUCCAGGCCGUGUUUCUGCUGCUGCUGCACUGCUUGGCCUUCACCCUGGGCCAGUACGAACUGUGCAAGUCCUUGGUGAGCACGGAUGAGGGCUCGGUGUGGGAGCAUUACGCUUGUCAGCCGAAACCCGCGUCCAUGAAAGACUACAUGCGGAUCAAAGUGGAUCCGCCCGGAAUCACGUGUGGGAACCCACCCGAGAGGUUCUGCACUCUGGAGAACCCAUACCUGUGUAGUGACGAGUGUGACGCCUCUAACCCAGACUUGGCCCACCCUCCUCAGCUGAUGCAGGACCGUGAACGUAAUGGCCUAAUCACCUACUGGCAGACAGUCACAUGGAGACGUCACCCAGAACCACUGCUGGCCAACAUCACCAUGUCCUGGAACAAGAGUCUGGAACUCACAGACGACAUACAGAUCACCUUUGAGUAUGGCCGUCCUACUAUCAUGGUAAUGGAAAAGUCCAUGGACAACGGACGCUCCUGGCAGCCUUACCAGUUCUACGCUGAUGACUGCAUGGAUGCCUUCAACAUGCCACCCAAACGUGUGCGUGACCUUUCACCCGCCAACAUCACACGGGUCAUCUGCACCGAGCAGUACUCGCGCUGGGUCGGCUCCAAGAACGACAAGAAUGUGAAGUUUGAGGUGCGGGCGCGCUUUGCGGUGUUUGCAGGACCACGGCUACAGAACAUGGACAGCCUGUACACUCGUAUGGAAAGUAUGAAGGGAUUGAGGGACUUCUUCACCUUCACCAACCUUAGGUUGAGGCUUCUCAGGCCUGCCCUCGGAGGCACCUAUGUCCAGAGAGACAACCUGCUCAAGUACUUCUAUGCCAUCUCCAACAUCGAGGUACCUGCCAGGUGUAAGUGUAACCUCCAUGCCUCCCAGUGCCUGCUGCAGGAUGGGAACCUCCAGUGCCAGUGUGAACACAACACCACGGGCCAGGACUGCCAGCGCUGCAGGAAGGGCUUCAAAGCCAAAUCCUGGAAGGCUGGUUCCUACCUGCCGACACCCAAUGGAACCCCCAACACCUGUACAAUUGCUGGUUCACCCUCCGGUUCUAACUGUGAGUGCUACGGCCACUCCAACCGCUGCAGCUACAUCGACUACCUGAACAUUGUCACAUGCGUCAGCUGCAAGCACAACACCAGGGGCCAGAACUGCCAACACUGCAGACUGGGAUACUUCCGCAACGCCUCUGCCGAACUGGAUGAUGAGGGCGUCUGCAUCGAGUGUAACUGCAACCAGAUGGGUUCUGUUCAUGACCGGUGUAACGGCACAGGCUUCUGCCAGUGUAAAGAUGGUGCCACGGGGGCCAAGUGUGACGACUGUGUGCCAGGAUACUACUGGAAACAAGGCUGUUACC